CAGGGGGGCGGGGCGUCGGGUCGGCGGGGAGAGGGCGGUCGGAGCGGCGCCAUGGGCAGCCGGCGCUGAGCUAGCGGGGUUGACGGCUUUCUUCCCCGGGUGGCUGAGUUGGCGAGCGAGGCCCGGAAGGAGAGCAAGCGAGCGAGGGGCUGCUGCGGAGUGAGGAGGUAGUGGCCAUGGAACGGGGAGCCGGGGCCGCCCUGUGGUUCUGGGCGCUGCUGGUGGCGGGCACGGGGGUGGCGGGCGUCGUGUCGAGAGUUUACACCAACACCUGGGCCGUGCAGGUGGCGGGCGGCCCGCAGGAGGCGGAGAGGAUCGCUCGGCAGCACGGCUUCAUCUACUUGGGCCAGAUCUUUGAUGAUUACUAUCAGUUUUUGCAUAAGGGAGUAGUGAAACGAUCACUAAACCAGCAUGAGUACCAGCACAACAAACUGCGACUGGCAAGACAGGUCAAAUGGCUGGAGCAGCAAGUUGUGAAAAAAAGAACAAAGCGGGAUAUUUACACAGAACCAAAUGAUCCCAAGUUUGCCCUGCAGUGGUACCUACAUAAUUCAAACCAUCGUGAUCUGAAUGUGAAAGAUGCCUGGAAGCAAGGUUACACAGGGAAGGGUAUCGUUGUCUCUAUCCUGGAUGAUGGAAUUGAGAAAAAUCACCCGGAUUUAGAAGUUAAUUAUGAUCCUGGUGCCAGUUUUGACGUGAACGAUAAUGAUCUUGAUCCCCAGCCUCGAUAUACACAGCUCAAUGAUAACCGGCAUGGAACACGAUGUGCUGGGGAAGUAGCUGCUGCUGCUAACAAUGAGAUUUGUGGAGUGGGGGUGGCAUAUAAUGCUAGAAUAGGAGGCGUGCGAAUGCUGGAUGGGGAGGUGACUGAUGCUGUGGAAGCCAAGUCCCUCAGCAUGAAUCCUCAGCACAUUGACAUCUAUAGUGCCAGUUGGGGUCCAGAAGAUGAUGGAAAGACAGUGGAUGGGCCUGCUAAACUGGCUCAGGCAGCCUUUUUUAAAGGCAUUACUCAGGGACGCCGGGGUCUCGGCUCAAUUUUUGUGUGGGCCUCUGGAAAUGGUGGCCGGGAGCUCGACAGCUGUAACUGCGAUGGAUACACAAACAGCAUUUACACUCUGUCAAUCAGCAGUACAACUCAAAAUGGGAAUGUGCCAUGGUAUAGUGAGGCAUGCUCCUCAACGCUUGCUACCACGUACAGCAGUGGAGGGCAAUUUGAAAAGCAGAUUGUUACCACUGACCUGAGGGAGAAAUGUACAGAGUCACACACCGGAACCUCAGCCUCUGCUCCCCUUGCUGCGGGAAUCAUCGCUCUUGCACUGGAAGCAAAUAAAAAUCUCACCUGGCGUGACAUGCAGCACCUUGUAGUACGAACGUCUAAGCCAGCCCACCUAUCCUCCAACGACUGGAUUACAAACGGAGUUGGUCGCAAAGUCAGUCACUCGUAUGGAUAUGGGCUACUUGAUGCUGGGGCUAUGGUCACGUUAGCUAAAAAUUGGACAAGUGUUGGAGAUCAGCGGAAAUGUGUCAUCGUGAUUACCUCUGAGCCAAAGGAAAUUAAAAACCGAUUGGAGAUACGGAAGAGUAUUGAUGCAUGCCGUCAAACACCAAACUUUAUUCAGUCCUUGGAGCAUGUGCAGGCAAGGAUCACACUAUCCUAUAGCAAGCGUGGAGACCUGGCUAUAUACCUCACCAGCCCAAUGGGAACAAGGUCAACACUGCUGGCACCAAGACAACAUGACUACUCAUCUGAAGGAUUCACAGACUGGGCAUUCAUGACGACACAUUCAUGGGAUGAAAACCCAUCUGGUGAAUGGGUUCUGGAACUGGAGAACACGCCUGAUCUAAAAAAUUAUGGUACACUGAGGCAGUUUACUCUGGUUCUUUAUGGCACAGCACCAUCUAACCAUGACCAGCUGAAAGCUACAAAUGUCACAUUGCCUGACAACUGCAAAACACUGAACUCUCAGCAUGUGUGUGUGGAAUGUAAUGAAGCAUUUUUUCUGCACCAACAAAGCUGUGUGGAAAAUUGCCCACCUGGUUUUUACAAAGAAAUCAUCGAUGGUCCCCUCGUAAACAACGAACUAUUUCCAAAAGUCUUGGCCUGCCUUCCUUGUCAUGCUUCUUGCCGCACAUGCAACGGCUUCACUGCCAAUCACUGCCUUUCCUGCCUUCCUCAUUCACGCUACAAUGAAGUUGAAUUGAACUGCUCACCUCAGAUGCAAGUCAGCAGAGAGUCGCCCCUGGAAGAUGAGGAAGUCAUGGAGCCUCUAACUGGCUCCCACGUACCAAUAUGGUUUGCGUUAACCAUCUGUGCCUUUAUUAUAAUGGUCUUUUUUAUAAUAUUUGUCGUUCUUCAGGUGAGAUCAGGAUUCCAGUUUAGCAAGGUGAAGGUCUACACACUUCAGAAUGGGAAAGGGAUUAUAUCUUACAAAGGAAUUCCUGACACCUGGAAGGACGGGGAUUUAUCCGAAUCGGAUUGCGACGAAUUUGAUGUUGAGGGCCAAAGUGAGAGAAUGGCUUUUUUAAAGAAAAUACAAAGUGUCCUCUAAUAUUUUGUUUUUCAAAAGUAUCCUCUAAGUAAUGAAGGGUUACCUAUCUAUCAUUUUCAUGGACUUCAGGGAAAGGUGUCUCUAAUGGACAAGAAAUCCACACACUCGCUUUUAUCUGGAACAUCCCUUGUAGCUGAACUGUUUAAUACUGGAAAUUGGGCAUUUUUCACAGCUCUUAGCUGAGGUAGGUACAGACUUCUCUGUGGGAUAUGGUCAGAAUGGUUGAAUAGUAAUGGUAGGAAGUCCCAAAUUUGUGUAUAAAAUCGACAAGUGAUUUGGUUACAUUGAAGUCAUUUAAUUAAGUGGACUUUUCUUGCAGUUUAAAAAAUUAUUGGAAAAUUAUUUUAAUCACUUUGAUUAUCAAAUAUUAGAAAGGCUUCAAUUUUCAGUGGUUUAGUUCUGUAGCAGUAGUGACAGUUUCAAGGGGUAACAUUUUUUUGCACUUUAAAAAGAAAUUAAAACUUCCAUCCCUUAAAACCCUCACUGAACUGUGGCUGAAGUUGGAAGUAAUUUCUCUCUGACUUGUAAAGCACUCUAGUGUUUGAGGCAUUGGAACUUUGUGGAUUAAGGCUCAGCAUAGUGAGGCUGUCAGAACUGUUCCUGCUGAAAGUGCAUAUGGAUGCAAGUCAAGUCUGAUCUCGAUCCCAUUCAUCCAAUGGCAUUUCCUUUUGCAGCCCAAACCCAAAGAUCAGCACCUUCAGCAGAGACAUGGGGAGUGUUCCUCUGUAACACCUUUGCUUUCCAGUGGAGGUUAGACACAGGCAGUUCUGGGGGAAUAAAAUUAUCAGAGGUUAAGUAGGGAGCUCUUUGUGGCUCAUUGCUUUGCAAUCUUUGGUAUUCCUAGGUGAAAUUGUCAUGUACCUUACUUAGACAAGGUCUGGCAUCAAAUCCAGGCCUUACUUUGGGACAACAGGUUCCUUUCUUCUGCAAGAUUCCUUGGCUGUGCACUGUCCAUACAGACUCUAAGAGGCAAAACCUCUGACUGAAGGGAUGGACAGUAAAUCAAAACUUAUCGUCUAUGCAGAGGGUGUGUGGUUUUGAGAGUGGUGCUGGGGGAGAGAGGGCUUGAUAAUUCUUAAGGAGUGGUGUAACAAUUUGGAUACCCAGGAUGCCACCUCCCUAUUUAUUGCACACCAUGCAAUUUAGCUGUUGAUGCACCUCUCCUCAAAAGCACUUUAUAUAGAUGUUAGUUCCUACCUGGCUUACAAUUUUCAGAUCGAACUUCUAUUAUUUUAUUUGAGGCACUGGUUGUAAGCACAUGGCUUGCAUUUUUUUAUGGGGAAGGAAAUGCUUGUUUAUACGACUAAAAGAGCAAAGUCAGGCAGAUUUAAAUCCAGUGUUCAUGUGAUUAUAACAGUGAUAUUCCCAUUCUCCUAACCUUUUCCAGUAUGUUUGAUACACGUUUCUUCAUUGAGCCAAAAAUAUUUCAUGUUCUGAGGAGACACUGUUGAGGCAUCUCUGCCAUUUAAAGGAAAUAUUCCCAAUGGGUGACAAAGUGGCUGAGGUGCUUCUUUUGGUACCCUACACAGGUCAAUCUGGAAAGAGCAGAGUUCUCCUCCAGUUCUAAAAAUCUGAUUUAAUGUAAAGUCUGCUCUCCACUUAAUUCCAAGUGGACAGCUGUAGUGUACAGAGCACUCAAUUGUUUAAUUGGCAACAUGGCUUGAAGGUCGCAAGCUGUUGUACCUGGAGCAGAGGUAAAUUAACAGAACAGUGGAAUUUCCCUCAGUGUCUGACCUGUACUCUAUACCAAGAGUGUUUAACAGAAAACAGGAAACUUGAUCCUAUGUCUAAGUGCUGUACUUGUCCUCAUUAUAUGACUAUGGCAAAAACCACCUAUGAUAUAGAACUGUCCACUUGGGAACCUCUCUCCCCAUUCUGAACAUGAAGUUCACAAAUUUGUACCUACUGAUUGAGUCCUGAAAUGAAGAUGUCCUUGAGAUGUCCUGUACAGUUGCGUAGUGUUUCUACCUCAUUAGCUCAAUUUAAACAAGGUGUGUUUAUCCCCAUUUACCAUUCGUGCCUCCUGGCCUGAGAGAACAUGCUUAAAGUUGUGGCGAGUAGCUGUGAAAAAUGUUGAUCCUCAGUGUCUGAGCAAAUACAACGAGCACAAAACAUCACUGCGUUUGGGUACAGAUAAGUCUUUUUCAAAGUGAGUGUUCAGAACUUUGGGUCAAAGGCAUUCCCAAAUCAUCAAAUCUGUCUCAGGGUGAUUCACUGACACCAACAGUUCUCUCGGUGAAGCAAGGGCAUUGUCUCAGAAUUUUUUACAUUAUUUUUCUCAUGUAUCAAUAAUAAUGACUGAUAAAUUAUUUACACUUUGGAGGAAUUGCUCACCAACCCUUACUCAGAGCUUUGCUGUAGCUGCCAACAUGAAAUGUAGUUAAUGCUGUGUUUUCAGGGGAGAUUCUGGUCGUUUUUGGUUUUGGCUUGUCUAAUAUACUUGCAUUGGUACAGUACAGUACAGAACAAAAUCAAACUUCAACCAAUCCUGCAAUUCAUGACCUUUCACUAUUAACCAAGACACUUCUCAUAGCACUGGUGUUUCAAAUUUCAAUCUUUAGAAAGAUUAAAGAAACAAUUGACACAAGCAGAAAGGCCACAUUCAGACCCUCGAGCCACUUUGCAAAUUUUCACAGCUGUGGCGAUCAGAUAAAAAUCCUAGGCAGCAUUGAUAAAGCUCAUAGAAUAUCACAGGUUCCGGGAGAGCUUCAAGGAAGUUGAAUCGAGCUUCGAUCACAGAAUGGUUACUGCCAGGAAUAGUUAAUGGAAUAUCAUUGAGUUCUUAUGAUACAUCUCCAACUGGGCGUUUAACCAAUUUCAAAUUCAUUGUCAGGGUGAUGGGUGGAAAGAAUUGAAAGCACAAGUUACUUCGGAUGGAGAGAAUUUAGCUGAACCUUGAAAAACUGGGUGUUUUCCUGUACUUGACUGGGCUAGUGAAAUGUUUUUGCACGUAGGGAAUUAAAUUUUAUUCUGCAGGAUAACUUUGCAAAUUGUGAAGCACGUCUACAGUGAAACAUUGUAAUUGUAUUGCCGCUGUUCUGACAAGCCAAAUGAGGUACUGUGAGAAGGGUUCUGUUGGACCCUGGCUGACUAUGAACUGUGCAAUAGAAGUCUUGUCCUUAAUUGACCAAAGCCAGUGAAUUAGUUGGGCCCCUGCAUCUAGCACUGCUCCAUCAGGGAAACUGAAGAGUUUUCAAAAGUUCCUGUUGCUGGGUUGGUAUCAGUAUUCUGGCUUAAAUGUGUAGGUGUGAGUAAUGGGUCCCAACCUGGCAGUGGGGCUCUUUCCCAGUGGGCUGUCUGUUGAUUGACAGGCAUCUCAUAAUGUGUUCAGCAGGGAUGUCCGGUUGUAUAUCCUCAACCUACGAAGAAAUGACACAGUCACAAGUCACAGUUACACUGGAGGAUUGAAGCCACUUGGUUGGCAUUAGUGCAAACCGUGUUGAGUAGCGGGCUAACACACAGCAUUACACAGAUCAGACAGAGGGUUUAUGAGUGUUGGAAGAGACAGUUCAGGCAUGUGUCGUCUAACAGCCUUGCAAAUCAUUAGGUUAUCUCUUGACUUUGCACUAUUUUCAUAUGCACAGUUCUCUUUCUAUGUCAAUAUCAGGCAUCAAAAUCAAUGUGCAGCACCCUUACUGAAAUCCUGGUUAAGCUGGGUCACUGUGGCUUCUUUGAGCUUGGCACCAUGUAACUAUUAUUUUAAUAAAAGCAAUAUAAUUACAGGCCUUGGGGUGGGGGCAGGUAUAUGUUGUAAAUUGUAAUAUAUAUAUAUUAUAAACAAUGAUUUGAUAAUAUGCAACUUAAAAUGUAAAAGAAUCAAAGUAUGUGUGUGUGUGUCCGUCAGGGGAGUUGAUUGUCCCAGUGCUGUGUUGGGUAAGGGGAUGGAGUGACAUCGCCUAAUCUGCUAUGUUUUGCAGUGCAUUGUGGGAUACCCAGGUGGAGAUAUGGACGGACAGGGAGCAGAGCUGUAUUUCAUAAUGGUGUAGCAGCCAUCUUGUGCGGGUACUCCUCUAAACUCGUGGAGGUGUCUUGCUGCCCGAAUCCUGACCUGCACUUCAUUGUUGGUGCCACAUUUAGAGCGAUUACCUCAGACUCUGCUCCAUUGUGUCCAUCCCCAACAUAGCUUUUCACUGUCAAAUGUUAAACAGCUCCACCUUCUGACAUUUGUCAAUGCACUUUAGUCUACUGAUGAACCCCAGAUGCUGCACUCAACAAAUCAGCAUCGUUCUGGGAAACUUGUUCCAGCAUUUGGUUAAAACACAAGCCCAUAUCUAUUCUUGUACGAAGUUGGAAGGAAGAGCUGAUAAAAUAUUUCAUACUGUCUGGAUUUUUCUGAACAGCUUAUUAAUGCAGCAGAAUAUGCAAAACUUAAGGAAUAAAUCAAUGGGUUUCUGACCUUUCUGCACAGCUCCUUUGGCAGUAUUCUGUGCAAAUGCUAGUUACCCCAGCAUCUCCAUAAUUAGUUGGAAAUUUACAAUAAUCAUUAGUUCUUCGCAUUCCUGCUGGUUGAUCAGUCGCCAUUACACUUUGCCCGAGCUAGAUAAAAACAAAUUUGCUGAUAUGUUUGCACAUUGAGAUGGUUUAUAAUUCAUUAUAAAAGACAGCACCUCAUUGGGUUCUGGUCUCCUCUCCCCCUUCUCCCCACUCCAGUGUAGUCGCAUUGCACUAAUAUAUUUAAUCAUUCCAGAUCUUGUCUUGUGCAUAAAGCAGUCACAAAAUCAGGUCUUGUUGAAAGAUUGACCAAAGACUUGAAAGGAAUGAGUUGUAGUUCUCCAGCUGUAGGGGGAAAAGACUGAUGUGUGUUCACCCUGUCUCUGCCCCUUAUUAUUUUAUUAUCCUCAUUCCCUCUUCAGUGCUCCAAGAAAAAGCUAGUCUGUCCAACCUCUUCCCAUCACCAAUUCAUUGGUGUCUUGGCAACAUCCUUAUAAUUCUUCUAAUAUUGCUGAGGUUUGUUGGUGGAAAGCAAAGUUGCUGUCUCAGUGACGUGCUAUUUUAAAGUGCACAAGUUGGUUAUUGGGCUAUGCUGUGAUGCCUUGUGUGAUCAGUUACCUAUUCAUACACUGUACAUAGGCACUUGGGCUCAUCACUUGGUGUCAAGCCUUUGGUCGAGAUGGGAAGAAAAUUGGGGAGAUACUGGGUUGCAGAGGGCGAGAAGAAUCAGAACCCAAAAUGAAUCACCGAUAUUAAAUUAAAAGGGCUGCAUAAACUCAUUUCCAGUCUUAUUCCACAGUGCAUUGCACUAAAACACAGAUGAUGACUGCUUGCUGUGAUGUGAAGUCCUAUUGCUAUAAUGCUGAUAUUCUGGAUGAUUUACUAAGAUAAGUAAACAGACAUAUUUUUGUACAAUAUUAUAUAGUACACAGUAAUUUUCUUGUAAUAUAAAAUGGCUUAAAACAAAUUACUCAUUAUUUAAUGGAUGUGGAAAUAUUGUCAUAGAUCUACUUAAAGAAAUUAAAGACUUUUUCAAAGCAACAA